AUGCCAUCCUGGAAUACGUCACGCACUUUGCGCCAACAAGACGAAGUUUCAGAGAUGGAAAUGGGGAGUAUGCAUCAAGCUCAAGCUGCGCCCAUGCUGCCGAAGUCGCCGCACGCGCAGGUGCAGGAGUAUCCUUAUCAGGCUAAUGCAGGUGCAUAUGGCGAUGUUGCUGCUAGCCAUGGAGAGCAAUAUGGGUAUGGUGGGUAUAGCCCAAGGGUUGCUUCGCCUGCGACUGCGGCACCGAGUUAUCAUACCUCUGCUCCUGCUCCGGCGAGGAAGCCUGUUGGAGGCAGUUGGAGGGAUGUUUGA